GAAACAUUUGCAUCGAAUAUUAAUAAAUAUUUUACUCAACCCGCCUCGAAUAGCCUUUGCUAUUUGCGGGUUGUUUGCUUGUGUUGUUUUAAUCACGAAAGACAAGUCGAUUAUCCCAAGACGGAAAACACCAGCUCUUGAAACGUUAAAAGAAGCAAGUUGAAAGUAGCAACAUAAUGAUAUGUUAAUGCCGCGUAACCAACAAGAACAAGCAAGGUUAAUUUCUGGUGAGUAUGCUUUCAUUGUUUGCACCUUCGCCUUCAAGUAGUAUGGGCUUAUAAUCCGAUCUGGCACACUGGCGACGGUUCAGUAAAUUUUAUGUCUUAAUUACGGGAGCGAAAACCCAUCAAAAAAAGGGUAUUCUCGCUGAAAGUUUUAAUUUUAUAUUUGUUAAGGAAUAGAUAAAAAUAAUUUGUAGACUAACCCUGCGACUAUGUCCCUGACUCAAGCCAAUGUUUACACCGGAGAUAUAAAAUAUCAUUCCAAAUAGAAGCAAAGAGCAGUCAAGUCUAACAAAAUGGUAAAAUGUCUCCCUCUAUUUUUUUCAAUAUAUCCCAUCCGUUCACAUUAACCCUGACAAAUUUUGGGCACACUUGCUUUGGCUAACAGGCUUCGCAAUAUUUUUUUCGUGUACGGAGACUGAUUGAUUUUUUUUAUUUAUUCGUGAUUCGCAAUCCUGUAAUUUUUACGUGAGUGUGAAAGAAUAUUUUUCAUAGUUCGUGCAGCGUGAAAUUGGCCGUUUAUAUUCCGUUAAUUUAUUUUGCAGAAAAAUAUGUGGGACCAUGAUUGCAAACUAGCUAUGGGAAACAACCAUUUCACCCAAUAAACAUUAUCCAUUUCGGACCAGAGGCCAUUUUCAGACCUGUUUAUGUAGCCAUUUAAUUUUCGUCCUCUUCCCAACACGGGUUUUCAUGCAGUAGGAUAGUUUUUUUUUUCCUGUUUUUGCAUCUGUCUUAUUUAUGUCUUUAACACGGAAGUAGCAGCACCCGCGUUGUCAGCGUAAUAAGAAGAUUGUCUCACACUGGAUCGGAUCACUCGUGCUAGUAUUCCAUUAUUUCUGAACCGCUAAAUGGCGACAAAUCGUUAAAAUUCGAAGACCACAUAUAAACUAGUAAUUUAGGUUCGUUUGCUUUUUGACGGUAGCGUCAUGAAAUGAGACCGAAAGAAAAGUCAGUUUUUUACCGCUAGCUAGUUUUGCUGCAUAUAUUUACGCGAGCGAAUAAUAAUAUUUAGGUUGGGCCAUCUCCGCAAAGGCUCUUCGUGGCUUUUGAAACUAAAAAUGUCCCUAGAAAUAAAUUAAUACUAGCAACCAUGUAACGAAAUUUAUUCGUCGCCAAAUUUAUUCACACCUAUGCCUCGAUUAGACUUGUUUCUUUGAUUCUACUUUAAAACUGUUUGGUUUUCUGCGGGUGGCUGACAUGGGCAACGCUGUUAACUGAUGAUCAAUAGGAUGAGACUGGGAUCCCUUAAAGAGACGAAUGUUUUUCUCGGGUUUUAAUUUAAUCAUUCUUAAACAGACGGGUUUUCCCUAUUGACAUAUAUAAAAUAAAGCACUACUUGAAAGCUGUGAAUGGUAUAAUUAGUUAUGUGUGCAUUUGCCUAGCAUUUUGCGAGAGGUUGAUUAUGAUCAUGAAUGUACUCAUAAUCAGUUUUCGUUUAAAAUAUUUAAUAGAAGACAGAGGGUAUUUGAAGAUUUAUUGCCUGGAGAGUCUUCUAAAUAGGAGAGAAUCUUUAAUCAGUUUUAGUUAUUUGCUUUGUUUUGUUUAAUUAAGAGUAGCAAACUCUGAGCUAAAUUAAAAAGUGCAAAUUUAUUGUCUGUGGGGAAUGCUACUAGAAAGCUAAAUCGGAGAAGGAGAUCGAACAUUGGUUGCUCUUACAGAUCUGUAUUAGUCAUAAGGGGGAAAGAAUUGCUCAGAUUUUUUCUAGGUCAAAACUUUGCAAAAGAUUCAGAUUCAGAAAAAGGCUGAGAAAACAGUUAUGUAGAUCACGUUCUUAAUGAAGCGCACAAUGAAGGAACAAUGAAGUUGCAUUAAGGUAUCAUCCAGGGUAAAAAAGCAUCGUUUUUCUAAAUUUGCAAUUUUUAGAUGAUUAAAUAGAGCUCAUCAAGAGCUUUCUUGUAAAAAAAAAUUCCAGGAAAAAAUGUUUUUUCUGUGCAGACUUGUGGAGUGCAAAAGUUUUUUCUAUGCUAAUUAUUUUAAUUGAUCGUUGACAAGUCCUGUCAAACUUGAUACGCGUGCCGCUGUGUUGAACCAAGCUAAUCACGCAAUUUAACAGAAAUCGUGGUUUACAAGUAUAGUGCUCACUGUUUUUCCUUGAAGUUUGAAAGUGAAUGCCUCCAAACAAGAAAAAAGAGCUUGUCCGUUUUCGUCCUCGACUCCAAGACGAAAGAAGACAACAAAAUCGUUUUACCGCCAAAGAGUGGGCGUCGAAAUUAGCAGAGAGCGACAAGGGCUCCUACUACAAUCAAGAAAAAUGGCUAAAAGAUGACAAAGCUUCUGAAAAACCCAUUGAAACUACCGCGAAAUCGAGUUUCACGAGUUCGCUAGCGAGCAGAGCGAGCUUUUUAGGCCGCGAAGAGGCCGAAGUACUGUUUUGAAAGUCUAUUGUAGUGGAAAAGAAGCUUUAAGAAAAACUCCAGGAAGCGGUUUGUGGUCGAUUUUUCCAGGGAAGUAUCGAACUUUGAAAAAAUGUAUCGAGUAAAAGUCGGCUUGGCUCAACUUGGCUUGACCGGUGCGAAAAUGAAAACUGCCCGUUGCAAAUAAGUAAUGACGCUUUCUCGACAACAGAAAGGAUCGAACAGAGCAGAGCCUUUGAAAUAAAUUGUUCAUCUGUUGUCGGGUUUCGCUUUCAACUUUUCCUGCUGUGUCACUAUUGUUGUCCCUUCUCUGGUAUGCAUCAGCAUUGACAGCUUUGGUGUUAUAAUCUGUUGUAAUCUCGUCACGGGUAAUACGCGGCCAAAAAUCUUUUCUCACUGUUCUCUCGAAAGGGAAAUCAGGGCAAGUUGAGGGUACGUUUUAAACUCCAAGUCGCCAACCCGUGAACCAAUUUGUUUGAAAUUUGGCGAACUUACUGUCAGAUAGUUUUUCUAAAAAACUGUGCCUGCGAAUUUUGAUUUCUUUUUUCGUUUUUGAGUUAGACUAUUUUUUCACAUGUAGUGCUAAUGAUUUGCUAUCCCUAACUUCACCUGCUUAUAACAACAGAACAAACGCACUUGACAAAAAUCAGUGACACGGUUUUUUAGUCAAACGUCUUAAGAAGCGAAUGCGAUCUUAAUUGGCUUCUUCCAUCUAUUUUUGGCUGGACUGGACUUAAAUUUACAGUGACACCCACUUUCACAAAAAGCUUCUCAUUUCUAAAUCGCGUUAAUAUUUUGACAUUUUAAAAGACAAUAAUCUGGAACUAUUAAGCUUUCAGAAAUUGUACGGUUUAUGGCGGUAUUUGUUAAAAGCGAAAGCGCUUUCGCCGAUCAACGCGAGGAGGGUGCUUGAGGGUGGAUGAUACCUUAAUAUACAUUAGGAUUAUAUAUUACAACUGUAAACGUUUUCAUACACACCGUUAAUCCAUUUGUAAAAAAAUUGAAACAAACAAUGGCACACUUUAUAAGUAAGCUGUUACACAAAAGCUCAAGUUUAAAAUGAUCGACUUUAUACUAUCAAUUUGAGUCUUGAUAUUUCUAGUUGUUAGCUCUAUUUUCUUCUGCUUUGUUUAGCAGAAUAGAAAAUAUUUCCAUUUUAAGUUUUAAAACAAACAACACAAUAAUUUUUGAAGUGGGCAAUAGCCAACUGGUUGGCUUGAAGUGUGUGACAUUUACAGCUUAUAAACAUCAAAUCAACCUAAAAAACAUGAUAAGUCAACUGAAAAUAUAUUUCUUUUCAAAACCCAUAUAGAAUUUAACAAAAAUACAAAGUUUUAGUGGGAUCUGAUUUACUGUGGUUCAAAGUAAGAUAAAAGGAAUAAAAAUGUUCAAAGUCGGGAGUUUUACCAGAUGAAUACAUGGUGCAGUUCCCACGCGGUUCCUCAAGGCGCUAUGGCUGAUUCAAAUAAUGAUUAAUUCACCCUUUUAUAGCUAGCCUUCAAAAUUAAAUUUUUGUAUUUAGAUAAAUCUCUCUCUACAAUUUUUAUAUUUUCCUUCGUUUGUUCCGUCGUCGUAUUCUUCUUAUUUUGAACUUACAACUGGUACGCCAUACAACCGUAAAUUGCAUACGUGUUACUUGUAACGUUCUUUAGUAGAAGAUAUGCGUUGGGCUAGAUUUUAAACACUCGAAACACCUGCAGCCUUCUAAUAAUUAAUUCGUUUGGUCUUGGCAAGGGAAAGGUAAUGAUACCCCAUCCUGCUAAUCUCUUAGUAUAAAUGAUUUAUCCCUCAAUUAUCGCCCCAUGUAAGGGAAGACAUUCUUGGAUUCUGGAUUUGACACUGUUUCGAUUUCGGAUGACACAUUUUUAUUAUUUUUUUAAUGCACUGGUCAGAUCUAGGAGAGCAACUACGUCAGUGCAAUGCCUAUUAAUCCUCCGAGGCAGUAUGUCUUUGUUUUGGCUGUUGAAGUCAGUCUGCACUUGUUGCAAAUUAUACGUCUAGCAAGCACAGGAGACGCCUGUAUGACGUACUAUUUCACCCGAGGAAAAGACAUGAUUGAAAACCACGUCCUUCGAGGUCACGUGAUCGCCAACCUUACAGCUCCAGAGCCUUUAUUCUGCUUUAAAGCCUGCCGAUUGGAGUGUCGGUGUAUCUCGUUCAACUUUAAACAAAGCACACACCAGGAUAACUGCCAGCUGAACGAAGAAAACAGAUAUACUAGCUUCGGUGCUUUGGAAUUUGCGGAGGGAUGGCAAUACUACGAUCUGGUUAUUGAGUACAGCAUAAGAGUAAGGGAACAUGUACUUCUACCACAACCCUUUUCAGGACCCAUAAAUGACGCUCAUUCAUGACUUUUGAUGACAUUCCCCAGUUUUUAUUCGCAUGAUGAACAUGACUGAUGGUUUUGUAAAAGGUUUUACUUUUCUUUUCGAAUUAGCAUAACUCAUUCAAACUUGAGAAACUUUGUGCCACUUUGUAAAUCCCGACUUAUACCGCUCGAUGACUGAAUAGUUCACGCAUUUCAAUUUUCCUGGUACAGAGCAAUAAAGGGUACAAAAGUUAGAGAGCCAUACCAUAUCAUGUGUAAGUAGAUCAGGCUCUUAAAAUAAUUAUCCAUCUCCACCGGUUUGGAGCUGCUCCUGAAUUAAUCCCUUCCAGGAUUUUCAUCAAGUUUCCUGCAGGGAUUUCCCGCAAGAUUCUCAGAAAGAUCCCUGCCAGGAUUUCCGUCAAGAUUCAAACUUUUGACAUGAAUCUCAGAUAUAUUUGAGGCCACCUUUGUCAAAUCUUUGACCUGAGCGUUGGAUAAAUUUGACGACACUUCUAGCAAGAUUUUGACUUUAAUAUCAUAGGUGACGAAUUACUCCUUAAUUUUGGCACGAAAUUUCAGCGUUAAUUUGUAAUUUCACAUGGCAACCCUUCCGUACGUCUCAGUGUCAAGAUGGCGACGAAGUUUUAAAAUACCGUGAAUGAAGAUAUCAGGGCACAAAAAGACGCUUUAGAAAACCUGAACACACAAGAGAACAUCAAGAAGGAUUCUAACAGGUAUUUUUCCGAAAAAGUCCGAAAAAUUCUGAACUUUAUAAGCCAAAUUUAAGGUCUAAACAUUUGAGAGAGCGGAGUUCUCGAUCGAUACGAUCCAGGAUAAACAUUUCAAAAAUCCAAGACUGCUAACUUAACUCGUCACCCAUGAUAUUACUAGGUAAUCAAAUGGUAUACUUGUGAAAUUAGGGAAUAAUUUCACUUGCAUUUUGUCCAAAUCCUAAUAAUUUCCCUCGCAUAAAGGCUCGGGAAAUUAUUAGGAUUUGGACAAAACGCGCGUGAAAUUAUUCUCUAAUUUCACUCGUCAUUAUUUGAUUACACAUACUAAUCUCAGACAUUAUUUUACCCGCAACUUUGCGUACCUUUGGCUUAAAUUUCAGACAUAUUUGGCGACAUCUUUGAUAGGGGCACAAAUGCUAAUCAAACAACACCCUUCAAAGGUGAGGUGUAAAGGCGUGACAAAGGCGCGCUAAAUCGCCUGAAGACCAUUAUUUGUCGCGCGUCAAAGGUGUGCAAAUGUGGUCUUUAUCGAUCCUCUGUAAAUCCAUUAUUUCGUCUCGUGGAAGUUGAGCUAAGUAGACCCAUAACUAACUCGACCCUAAGAUCGACGAAGAUGUGAUGUUUUUUGUGCUCACUGGGUCUAAUAAUUUUCUUGAAUUUCUUUUCAGCCCAAUGCUCCCGCCGUUGGCUGUCAGAACGGCUGCUGUGAAAGCAAUCCUUGUCUUAACGGGGGAACGUGUCACGAAACUUGUGACGUCAUCGGCAAACGUUUCAAUUGUGAAUGCGGUCCGCACUCUUAUGGAAAGCUCUGUGAAGCUAGUAAGAGACCUUAUUUUAUUAUUAAAAUGAUAUGAUUUUCUAUCCAGCAAUGAAAUACAGGGAGAACUGAUCAUGAGACGAGCUUUUGAUUUAGAGAUUUCUUGGAUCGUUUGGGUGGACAAGAGUAAGCUUUAAUAGACCUAUUUACCGAUACGGCGGCCAAAUUGAAUUAAUUCGAUUUAAGGAGUAUUAUAGGAUACCCAGGGGGCAUGAGCAUAUUUCGUUUGUAUUUUCGAGCACUUUUCGGGACAGUUGUUCGUAAAGUUUUCUUACAAGAAGAUUGUAAUGGGAAAAAAGAUCCUUGUGCCGUGUUUGAAUACAAUAAUGAUCGCCUUUUUCCCGAGAAAUAUACAAUGAAAGACCAUAUUUCUAAUACUAAACUGGAAAAAGGCGAUAAUUAUUACAUCCAAACACGGCACAAGGAUCUUUUUUCCAUUACAAUCUUAUUCUAGGAAAACUUUAAGAAAAAAUGUCCCGAAAAGCGCUCGAAAAUACAAACGAAAUGUGCUCAUACCCCCUGGGCAUCCUAUAAUCCUCCUUGAAUCGAAUUAAUUCACUAUGGCCGCCGUAUCGGUGAAAAGGACUAUUGGUCGAAGGCAACCAAAGACAACCGUUAAUUAAGCAAUCGUUGUUAAUCUGUGCGUUCUUCUUCCAUCCAAACAACUCAGAAACUUUAUGUUGAGAGUUUGUACCAUUCUCCCUUUUGUUUACGUAUAGUGACGAUUUUUUCUUAAUUAACACAUUAUUAUUAUUAUGACUAUUUUGGCUUAAAUCGUAUCUUACUGGCAAAUGUUUCCCUGAUAGAACGAACUAUAUAAAAUACUUCAAUUUUUGAGAGGAAAGUUUACAAAAGAGGUACUAUAACCCAUAAGUGCCCUGCGUAACAGGCGUCAUCCAGCCUAGUACCUGUUAAAGAGCGCAGGACAGGGACGGCAACCGCGACAACUUGCAGUCUUUUCAGCUUUCAAAGAAGUGCCAAUCCACAAAGUUUUAUCCACUAAAAGGUACAAUGAGCUCUCCCAGUCAUUUUUAAAACGAAGUACCCCUACCGAAGAACUCGAAGAAGUUCACUAACAUUCAGCUCGAUGAAAACGCGCCUAAAUUUAAAAGGAGGGCGGAGAAUGGAACACGAAUGGAAUGGGCUAGUUUUAAGCGAUUUAUUACUCUUUUUGAGGUUACAUUCAAUGUUACGGUUCUGAUAUGGCAAAACAUGCUCACAAUCCAAAAAAUGUCACUCAGUUAGUGAUUUGUCCAUUGUUAACGUGCAUGCGUGUGUUUAGAGCCGGAAAAAUCUCGUCUAUGCAGAUGAGCCAUUUCAAAAACCGUCAAUGUUCUAUUUGUUUUUGUUGUUGUUGUUUUUUUUUUUCGCAGAGACAUGCACUACUCCUGAUUGGCUAUACUAUAAUAACUCGUGCUUCAAAGUGUUCACGGAAGAGGUACCCUGGUUUGACGCGCGAAAGUCUUGCACCACUAUCGGCAGUAACCUCAUCUCAAUUCACAGUACAGAAGAAAAUAAUUUUGUGCAGCAAGAGAAAUCGCUGAUUUCGAAGUCGUCUGCCUGGAUAGGACUGUUCAACUUAAACAGUACAGAUCGUAGCUAUGAAUGGGUAGAUGGUUCCAUGGUGGACUUCAGAAACUGGGGAGAUGGUGAGCCAAAUAACGAUAACAGCGGUGAAAAUUGUACCGAACUGUACCGUGUGAACGGAAAAUGGAACGACGAAUCGUGUUAUGCAAACAGGACAUAUGUUUGUGGCAAGAAAUUUAGCCCUUGA